UCGGAAACGCCAUCUUACACAGAAAGGGGGGGGUUUAAACGGGCUGAAAGCAGGAAAACGGGGGCAGUGACAGGGAUUAAUUAUUUGGCUGUGAUCGCGUUGGACAUUUUCCCAUUGCUCUGAAGUAGCAUCAGUUAUGGCUGUGCUUUUUUUUUUUUAAGGAGUAGCGAGAACGCGCCUGGAAAGCCUGCACUGGUCGGCCUGAAAGCUAGCUCAGCCAGGGGGCAGAGGAGGGCGGAGAGUUUGGGGAUUUGUUUUCCGCUGUGAAAGAAGUUAUUUGUUUAUGUUGUUCAACGCAGAUAUGUCCUCUUCAAACCCAGACUUAACAGACCCUGGUCUGGGGAUGGGAGCGAGUGGGAGCCAGAACGGCGGGGCUGGUGCACCCAAAGGGACCAACAAAAGACGGGCAGCAUCAGACUUUGAUGAAGAUGAAGGAAACAAGCUGAUGAGAUUUGAUGAUGAAACGGGAGGCUCCAGCAAUGAAAAAGAGCGCUUUGCCAGGGAGAACCACAGCGAGAUCGAGAGGCGGCGGCGGAACAAGAUGUCCGCCUACAUCGGAGAACUGUCGGACAUGGUGCCCUCGUGCAGCGCGCUGGCACGGAAACCAGACAAGCUAACCAUCCUACGAAUGGCGGUCUCCCACAUGAAGUCCCUCAGAGGAAAUGCCAAUACUAAUGCCGACGGGUCAUACAAACCUUCCUUUCUCACCGAUCAGGAACUGAAGCACCUCAUCUUGGAAGCGGCGGACGGCUUCCUGUUCGUGGUGUCGUGCGAGACGGGCCGCAUCGUUUACGUCUCGGACUCGGUCACCCCCGUGCUCAACCAGUCGCAGUCUGAAUGGCUGGGCUCCUCGCUUUAUGACCAGCUCCACCCGGACGACACAGAAAAGCUCAGGGAGCAGCUGUCCACCUCGGAGAACAACAACACGGGGAGGAUGUUGGACCUGAAGACGGGAACGGUGAAAAAGGAGAGUCAGCAGUCGUCAGCUAGGAUGACUAUGGGAGCACGGCGAUCCUUCAUCUGUAGAAUGAGGUGUGGCACAUGCCCAGUGGAACCGAUGUCCAUGAACAGGCUCAACUUUCUCAGGAGUAGGAACAGGAAUGGUUUAGGAACACCCAAGGAAGGGGAGCCCCAGUAUGUUGUGGUCCACUGUACAGGGUACAUAAAAUCCUGGCCCCCCGCAGGCGUAUCAUUAACAGAUGAUGAAGCAGACAACAACCAAGGGAGUCGCUACUGUUUAGUCGCCAUUGGGAGAUUACAGGUUACUUGUUGCCCUGGUGACACGGACCUCAACAGCAUCAGCGUUCCAGUGGAGUUCAUCUCACGCCACAACUGCCAGGGCAUGUUCACCUUCGUGGACCACCGCUGCUUGGCCUCGACUGGCUACCAGCCCCAGGAACUACUGGGGAAGAAUAUUCUAGAUUUUUCUCACCCUGAAGACCAGGGGUUGCUGAGGGACAGCUUUGACCAGGUGGUUAAGCUGAAAGGCCAGGUUCUUUCGGUCAUGUUUCGUUUCCGUGCCAAAACCAGAGAGUGGAUGCUGAUGAGAACGAGCUCCUUUACUUUCCAGAACCCCUUCUCAGAGGAGAUCGAGUACAUCAUCUGUACCAACGUCAACGUCAACAGAAACUCAACCCAGGACCCCCUCACUCCCAUCUCCUCCCCCGGGGCUCCAUUGGCCCUGGGGCAGGGCAGCCCAAACGGCCAUCCUGUGGUGCCCAGCCCAGGCCCGAUGGCCACCAGACAGUUACAACAGCAGCAGCAGCAGUCCGACCUGGAGGGAGGAGGAACAAGAGAUGGGAUGUACGAGGCAGGACCAAUCACCCUCCCACCACAGAUGCCGUUGCAGCCGGUGACGGCGGUGGGGCCGGACCACAGCAAAAGCAUAGAGAAGCCAGAGAUCUACUCUCCCAUCUUCCCGGGUCAAGAUCAGCCCAAGGUCAUGCAGCCCAACUCUGCGCCUCCCUCUCAGAUUUACACCAACAACUUUUCUGCGAGUCGUUCCAGUGAUUCAUACAGAGCGGUCGGUAUUCCUCCACAGAUGACGCAGGCAGCGCACACGGCGGCACAGAUGCUGCCUCACAUGCCGCGUCAGAACGGAGCCCCGCAGUCGGCUGCCCCAUCCAGCACCAGCAGCUCCCUCCAUGGAGAACCACCGGGAGGGUGGCCUGGGCCCGGGCCUGCAGCCAGACCACAGUUUAAUAACCAGGUUGCCCCCCAGGCAGCAAAGACGAUGUCUCAACAGUUUUCUCAAAUGGGCGUUUUCGGAGGCGGCUCCUCUAACACCUUCAGCCAGAUGCCGACAGGCGCCGCCCCCACCAACGGCACCAACUACCCUCAGAUGAGUUCUCGCGCCAGCCUCAACACCAACGGCUACGACGGUUCCCAGUCUGCAGCCCAGUUCCCGUCUCGAGCGGCGGAGGCGGUGUGGCCUCAGUGGCCGGGCCAGCAGCAUCCUCAGAAUAACGGAGAGCAGCAUCCUCACGCUCAGGGAAACCAGGACAUCUUUCCUGAUGUGUUGUCCAUGCUAGACCAGCCUGCCAACUUCAGCAGUGACGACUUUGAGAUUCCCAUGUACCCGCCAUAUAACGAGUGACCUGGUCCACCCCCCCCCCCCCCCCCCCC